AGGAAGACUAUGGUCAUGUGAUCAUUUAUGUGGACUCAACUUGUCUUGUUUUCGUUGUCGUUAUUUUAGGACUAACGUGUUGUCUUCUGAAACAAAAUGAAACAAAAUUCCAAUGUGCCCGCUUUUCUUACUAAGCUAUGGAGUUUAGUCGAGGAUGCCGCUACCAACGAAUUCAUCAGUUGGAGCCAGAAUGGCCAGAGCUUUCUUGUGUUGGAUGAGCAGCGAUUUGCCAAAGAAAUACUCCCAAAAUAUUUUAAGCACAACAACAUGGCAAGCUUUGUCAGGCAGCUUAACAUGUAUGGCUUUCGCAAAGUUAUUCAUAUGGACACAGGCAUUGUGAAACAGGAACGUGAUGGUCCAAUUGAAUUUCAGCAUCCAUUUUUCAAGCAAGAGCAAGAUGACUUGCUGGAAAAUAUUAAAAGAAAGGUUUCUUCAGCAAGACCUGAGGACAACAUAAUUUGCCAAGAAGACCUCACAAAGAUCCAGUCCAGUGUCCAGAAUGCGCAAGCAAAACAGGAAGGUCUUGAAUUGAUGCUUACAACAUUGCAAAGGGAGAAUGAAGCACUAUGGAGAGAGGUGUCUGAUCUGAGACAGAAGCAUGCUAAUCAACAACAAGUCAUAAAAAAGAUUAUACAGUUCAUCAUUUCAUUGGUUCAAAAUAACCGAGUGGUGAGCUUAAAGCGCAAAAGACCUUUAUUGAUGAACAACAAUGGAAGCAAAUCAAAAUUCAUCCAUCAGGUUUAUGAGGAGGGUUCUACCAGCAGCCUCAGUGGUUUAAAGAAAAAACAGGGAACCUCUGAUGAUGUUGCUAUCUGUGAUAUUACUGAUGAUGCUGCAGAAGACUUAAAAAAGCCGGAGGGCACCACCCAAAGAAAUCAGGAGAUCAAAAAUACAACUAACAUGGUUGAAACCAUUCAAGAGGAAGAUGGCAGUUGUGAUGACGUGGUAAUUGUGAACGGUGAAAAAAGUGAAAAGUCAACAAGCUUACCUACAGCUGAGACUCUUGAAACUUCUUCAGCCAUUUCUGAAAGUACUCCCUUGGCCAGCAGUGCUCUCCAAACAAACAAACAGCCUGCACUUAGUUCGGAAGAUCCUGUGAAAAUGAUGGAUUUAAUUCUAAAUGAAAAUGGAGCCCUUUCACAGAAUAUUAGUCUUCUGGGCAAAGUUGAACUGAUGGACUAUUUGGACAGUAUUGACUGUAGCUUAGAAGAUUUCCAGGCCAUGUUGCACGGGAAACAGUUCAGUAUUGAUCCUGAUCUCCUGCUCGAUCUCUUCAAUCCAAAUUGCCAGGUGAACACAAGCGAUUUUAACAUCUGCACUACAAAUGGGACAGAACCUCCUAAGGAUGACUUAAUGUCCAAAGAAAACAACAAUUCUGAAACCUAUGCUGAUAAACAGUUGAUCCAGUACAAAUCCUGUCCCCACAUGGCUUUCCUGGAUGGAUGUUCCACUUUGAUCUCUGAAACAAACACUCUCAUUCCUGAAUUAAGUGAAUCACAGUUGCUGCACCCUAAAGAAUCAAGUGAUAUUCUUGACACCACUUUUGAAUUGGAGGAAACUUCUCGGAGCAAGCUGAUUAGGCUGGAGCCCCUGACUGAAGCUGAAGCCACUGAAGCAACUCUGUUCAAUUUAUGUGAACUGAGUCCUGUAGAAACACCUAUUUUGGAAAUGUGAAGUAAGAGUGAGGGUAUGCUGCUUGUAAAUAUUCAUCAAAAUGAUGAACUGUGUAUUUGCUAGUAUCUUUUGGUACUUUUCUGUGCAAAUACUAAGAGUAGUAUAUAUUUUUUUCAUUAUUUGAUUUUGCAAAUAAAUGUACUGUUAAUUCCAGGCCAUAGCUGAUGUAACCUACCUUCACAAAUGUCAAACCUAGCCAAUUUACAUAAUUGAGCGAUUUUGUUUUGCAGAUUGGUAGUAAUGGUAUGUACAGUACAUUGCUGUUCAUUGUUACCAGCAGUGAGUGCCAAUGAAAUCCUUUUUAGGCAAAAUUGCUGUAUUUAUAAAUAUUAUCCCAAGGGGGAAAAAAAAGGAGGUUGUAAAAUAUCCUUUUUCAUAUUCAUUAAAUUCCAUAGGACAAAGGUAAAAUGUUAGCCUGAGUACUGUGUCUUUCAUUCUAGGUUAACAUGACAAUUCAGAAAAUCUCCCCAGCUUGUACAAUUUCAGUGUGGUAAUGGACAUUUUCUGUUGCUGGUUGACAUGUUAUUACUUUUUAUAUGAAUUAUUUAUUACUUUGCUGUAAAAGCUCCUGAAAAACAGUUUAAAAUGUUGUUACUGGAUUUUAUAUUGUAAGUUUACAAAAGAAAUGGUAGUGCCUGUAUCUAGUUUCGUUCCUCCUUUGUAAGUUCUGUGUCCUAGUUUUUCAUUAUUUGGAAAUAUAAUGGGCCAACAAUUAAAUGUUUUGCUUUUGAUGUUGUCAUCCUGUAUACAUCCACUGCUACUUGAUGCGACGUGGUUCACAAUAAACUGCUGGUCUUUUUUAA